CUCUUGUCCUCCUCGUUCUCGUUCCCCUCCUGCCCUGUGUUCGGCGACCGAGUGAUGUCUCUGCGCUCUACACACCGUGCGGCCUCUGUCAUCGCUCGUAGCCAUCACCCAUGGCGGUCCACAACGCCAAGCCAUAGCCUGCACGGCAUCCUUCAGACAACAUCGACGGGCUUCGUGCGCAAACAGACCCGUGCGUUCGCUACCCGUCUCAAGCACGACACACCAAGAGCCGUUCUUCUAGUGAACAAGCACCGGACGAAGCUCGUCGUCGACGCCAUUGACAACUUGCUUGCGUACCUCCGCGAAAGGUAUCCCGACGUCCGUGUCUUCCACGAAGACAGACCCGACAUUCCCCCAGGCGUCGAGAUCUGGCGACCAGGGCCUGAGGCCGAGAAGAUCAACCUCGUAGUCACGCUAGGCGGCGACGGCACCAUCCUCCACGCAUCGUCUCUAUUCAAAGUAGGCGCAGUGCCGCCGGUGCUGAGUUUCUCGAUGGGCACGCUCGGCUUCCUGCUCCCUUUCCACAUCGACGACUACGCCAAAGCGCUCGACAGCGCCUUCGCCGGCCGCGCGACUGUGCUUCACCGUAUGCGGCUCUCAUGCCGGUUUCACGGCUGCGACGGGGAGCGGCUGGAGGGGCAAGCGCAAGACUGGCAGGUCAUGAACGAGAUCGCGCUGCACCGCGGCGCAAGUCCGCACCUCAACACGAUCGACAUAUACGUCGACGGGCAGCACCUCACCGAGGCUGUGUCCGACGGCCUCAUCGUCUCCACGCCGACAGGGUCCACGGCGUACUCGCUCUCCGCCGGCGGGCCCAUCGUCCACCCGUCCCUGAGCGCGCUCGUCCUGACGCCCAUCUGCCCGCGCAGCCUCUCCUUCCGCCCGCUCGUCUUCCCGUCCUCGUCCUCGGUCACGCUCCGCGUGAGCGAGCGCAGCCGCGCCUCCGCCGGGCUCGCCCUCGACGGGCAGACGUCGCACGUCCUCGGGCCCGGAGAGGCGGUCACCGUGCAGGCGUCGAAAUACCCCAUCCCCUGCAUCAACCGGUCGUCGAUCGCGGAUCCUGAGGAGAUACAGGAUGGCGAAGGGGUGGGCCCGGGGAAGGAGGAUGAUUGGGUGAGGGACAUCAACAACCUGUUGCAGUACAAUGCGACGUUCAGGAGCAAGGCGUUGUUGCGUCAUAGUAGGCCGUAGGACGUGCGACGUCGGGUUAUACGAUUUUGUGCAGAGCAGUUGCGUACAUUGAAUGAUCGAAUGCUGGCAUGCGCUAGCGCGGUCUGGUAAUAACACUGUAUGUGUGCGACAGUACUCCGAUUGGUACAGCCGAU